GGAAAAACAAAAAAGAAAAGAAGGAAAGCGAUUCCAGUUCCGGCUUAACUUUAAAAACAAAAAAAUAACCCUAAAACUUAAGAAUUUGAUGGCCAUAAGGCCCCUUCUACUAGAGCAAUUCAGAAUCUUGAAUCAUCAUCAUCACCACCGUUACCAUAUUAACAAAAACAGCAACAAUAAUAAACCUCCAAUCUCUCUUUUCUUUUCUUCGAAAGCCAAAAACUUCUAUCUCCCCUCUCCUUCUCCUCUCUUCUCUCCUCAAUCUCCGAUCACUUCAGUUCUUCGGUUAGCUUCUACUUCCUCUCACCGGAAACAACAUUUACCGCCGCCGCCUCCGCCUCCGCCUCCGCCACCGCCACUACAGCCCAUAGCUGAGGCAAUCCGCCUCCACCGCUUGAAAAAUUCGGUUGCUCUGUCAUCUGAAACGCUGGCGCAAAAGAUCGGGAAAUCUAUUCGCCGCCCUGGCGCUCCUUCCAAAGCUAGGGUUUACGCCGAUGUUAAUGUUAUUCGGCCUAAAGAUUAUUGGGACUAUGAGUCCCUCACCGUUCAAUGGGGGGAACAGGAUGAUUAUGAGGUGGUGAGGAAGGUUGGGAGGGGGAAGUAUAGCGAGGUUUUUGAGGGAGUUCACUGUGCGGAUAAUGAGAAAUGUGUCAUUAAGAUUCUUAAACCGGUCAAGAAGAAGAAGAUUAAGAGGGAGAUUAAAAUACUGCAGAAUCUCUGUGGAGGGCCAAAUAUUGUGAAGUUGCUUGAUAUUGUUAGAGAUCAGCAAUCAAAGACUCCAAGCCUGAUUUUUGAAUAUGUGAAUAAUACUGAUUUUAAAGUGCUUUAUCCAACACUCUCAGACUAUGAUAUUCGAUAUUAUAUCUACGAACUUCUGAAGGCAUUGGAUUACUGCCACUCACAAGGUAUAAUGCAUCGAGAUGUGAAGCCCCAUAACGUCAUGAUUGAUCAUGAGCAGAGGAAACUUCGGCUUAUAGACUGGGGAUUAGCAGAGUUUUAUCAUCCUGGAAAAGAAUACAAUGUUCGGGUUGCUUCAAGAUACUUUAAAGGCCCUGAACUUCUUGUCGAUUUGCAAGACUAUGAUUAUUCGUUAGACUUAUGGAGCCUUGGUUGUAUGUUUGCUGGAAUGAUAUUUCGCAAGGAGCCAUUCUUCUAUGGGCAUGAUAAUUAUGACCAACUGGUCAAAAUAGCCAAGGUACUUGGAACAGAUGAAUUGAAUGCUUAUUUGAACAAGUACCGCAUAGAGUUAGAUCCACAUCUUGCUGCCCUAGUUGGCAGGCAUAACCGGAAACCUUGGGCAAAGUUUAUUAAUAUGGACAAUCAACAUUUGGCAGUUCCUGAGGCUGUUAACUUCCUUGACAAGUUGCUCCGGUAUGAUCAUCAAGAAAGACCAACUGCAAAGGAAGCUAUGGCCCAUCCUUAUUUCUAUCCAAUUAGAAAUGCAGAAAGCAGCAGGGUUCGAACAUAGUUUCAAAUUUCGGAAUGCUGUCAAGAUACAGCAUCUUACUGUGCUUGUUCGGGCCUUCCUUUGUGUAAUCUGACAGACCCUCAUAAUUAUGGUGGUGAGCUUGCAUUCCAGGAUACACUUUCUUGUUUCUAUUGUUGCAAAGAGAAAUUGAUUCUUUUUUUUUUUCUUCUAAAAAUUGCUCAUUUGAAGUUUCCUCUAACUUGGAGAGUUCUAGUAUUGCUGUUGUGAUUUUACCAUGUUCUUUAAUUGAGAAAGAAAUAUUACUGCA